AGAGUCAAAAUGGCGCCACCUGUUGAACGUCCCAUGUGCUGUUUCCGGUCGUACUCGGAAGCACGAUUCCCAGCCGUAGCUGGAACUGUUUGCAGUUGCCAGCAGUGUGGAUUUUCCAAAAAGUGGUCGCCGCGGAGCCAGCCAAUAUGUCCAACAGAAACAACAACAAGCUGCCCAGCAACUUGCCGCAGUUACAGAAUCUGAUCAAGCGGGACCCACCGGCCUAUGUGGAAGAGUUUCUACAGCAAUAUAAUCACUACAAAUCCAAUGUGGAGAUUUUCAAAUUACAACCAAAUAAACCCAGCAAAGAACUGGCAGAGCUGGUGAUGUUUAUGGCACAGAUUGGUCACUGCUACCCAGAACAUUUAAGUAACUUUCCUCAAGAGCUGAAAGAUCUUCUCUCCUACAAUCACACUGUCUUGGAUCCAGAUCUUCGAAUGACAUUUUGCAAAGCUUUGAUCUUGCUGAGAAAUAAGAAUCUCAUCAAUCCAUCAAGUUUACUAGAACUCUUCUUUGAACUUCUGCGUUGUCAUGAUAAGCUGCUGCGAAAGACUUUAUAUACACAUAUCGUGACUGAUAUCAAGAAUAUAAAUGCAAAACACAAGAACAAUAAAGUGAAUGUAGUAUUGCAGAAUUUCAUGUACACCAUGUUAAGAGACAGCAAUGCCACUGCAGCCAAGAUAUCCUUGGAUGUGAUGAUUGAACUCUACAGAAGAAAUAUCUGGAACGAUGCCAAAACUGUCAAUGUGAUCACAACUGCAUGUUUCUCUAAGGUCACCAAGAUAUUAGUUGCUGCUUUGACAUUCUUCCUUGGGAAGGAUGAAGAGGAGAAACCGGACAGUGACUCAGAAUCUGAGGAUGAAGGACCAACAGCAAGAGAUCUGCUAGUGCAGUAUGCCACAGGGAAGAAAAGCUCUAAACACAAGAAAAGAUUGGAAAAGGCUAUGAAAGUGCUCAAGAAACAAAAGAAGAAGAAAAAACCAGAGGUGUUUAACUUUUCAGCUAUUCACUUAAUUCAUGAUCCCCAAGAUUUUGCAGAAAAACUGCUAAAGCAGCUAGAGAGCUCUAAGGAGAGAUUUGAAGUGAAGAUGAUGCUCAUGAACCUCAUCUCCAGAUUGGUGGGAAUUCACGAGCUUUUCCUCUUCAACUUUUAUCCCUUUGUGCAAAGGUUUCUGCAGCCCCACCAAAGAGAAGUAACAAAGAUCCUUCUGUUUGCUGCACAAGCAUCUCAUCACUUAGUACCCCCAGAGAUCAUUCAGUCAUUGCUCAUGACUGUGGCCAACAAUUUUGUUACGGACAAGAACUCUGGAGAAGUCAUGACAGUAGGAAUCAAUGCUAUAAAGGAGAUAACAGCUCGAUGUCCUCUAGCCAUGACUGAAGAACUUCUCCAAGACCUGGCUCAGUAUAAAACACACAAAGAUAAGAAUGUGAUGAUGUCCGCUAGAACUUUGAUUCAUCUCUUCCGAACACUGAAUCCUCAGAUGUUGCAGAAGAAAUUUCGGGGUAAGCCUACAGAGGCCUCCAUAGAAGCAAGAGUGCAAGAAUAUGGAGAAUUAGAUGCUAAAGAUUACAUUCCAGGAGCAGAAAUUCUGGAAGUUGAAAAAGAAGAAGAGAAUGCUGAAAAUGAUGAAGAUGGGUGGGAAAGUGCUAGUCUCAGCGAGGGAGCAGAUGAUGAUGGUGAGUGGGUCGACGUGCACCACUCCUCCGAUGAAGAACAGCAAGAAAUUUCCGAGAAGCUGCAUAACAUGCCCAUGGAGGAGCGGAAAGCCAAAGCUGCAGCUGUGAGCACCAGCCGAGUUUUAACUCAGGAAGACUUCCAGAAAAUCCGUCUGGCCCAAAUGAGGAAAGAACUUGACGCUGCUCCUGGGAAAGCCCAAAAGAGGAAAUAUAUCGAAAUAGACAGUGAUGAAGAGCCCAGGGGUGAGUUACUUUCUCUUCGGGACAUUGAACGACUUCAUAAAAAGCCUAAGUCUGACAAGGAGACAAGACUAGCAACUGCAAUGGCUGGAAAGACAAACCGAAAAGAAUUUGUGAGGAAGAAGACCAAAAUGAAUCCAUUUUCCAGUUCCACAAAUAAAGAGAAGAAAAAACAGAAAAACUUUAUGAUGAUGCGGUAUAGUCAUAAUGUCCGCUCAAAAAAUAAGCGUUCCUUCCGAGAAAAGCAGUUGGCGCUGCGAGAUGCACUUUUGAAAAAGAGAAAAAGAAUGAAGUAACCUGGACAAGCAAGUGUUCCAUUCCAAGGAGAAUGUUAAAUUCAUGUCAUUACUCUGAAAAUUAGUAAAUCAAGAAUGCUUAUUUACAUUAAGAAGUCCAGAAGUACUGUGUUAUAAAAACCAAAGUAAAUUUAGUAGCAAUUUGGUGUUUUUAUUUUGGAGAUGGAUAAUAUGGGGAUGUUUGAAAUGCAAAUAGUAGUGGUAUUAUAAAAUCAUUUUCUAAAUUUAGUGUUCAUAUAAAGGAUAAAUUAUUGAAUGUCUGCUAAUUUGUCACUAUAGUUAUAAAAAUGACCAUAAUCCCUCACUCAAGGCAUUCACAGCCUAUUUGGGGGAUUUGGGGACAGGUGUAUAUAUGUGUAUUUACAGUGCAGUGUAAAUAGUUCUCUAGUAGAGAUAGGUCCAUACUUCUGUGGGGUUGCAGAGGCCUUACAGGACUCCGCAGGGCACAGGAGUUACAUAUCCCCUUGAAACACAACAGGACAAUGUUACAAGAGUAAGAGGUUCUUACUUGUAAAUAGGCUUACCUGCUGAAAACAGGUCCCUGCUGUACAGAUUUUGGGUAGACAAUUUAGCUCUUUUAGUCCAUCCAAAAGAUUUAAACAUUUCUUUGAAUGCCAGGUAAAAUCCUUGCUUUCUAAAUUGCCUUAUGUAUAAAUAGUAAUCUUUGAUUGUCUUUAGGUUAUCAUUUGAGUUGCUCAUUCUUCUAUAGAGGAAAAAGAAAUCAAACUGGUUUCUUUAGCCUUUUUUUACCCUGCAAUAUUUUCAGCCCAGUGUUUGCCUUGUGUCCGUCCAUAAAGGGUUUCUGAUCUCAGAUAGGUACUCUUGUAUGUCUUGAGUGGCUGUGUUGGUCUCUCUUCCCUAAGUAUGCUUGAGUAAAUUUCAGGAGACAAAAUGCCUUGGUCACUCUCUCUGUUUGCAGGUUGUCGUAUUUAGAAAAUUUAUUGCCUUGUACCUCAGAUUUUUUAGAUAAUGUGGUAGAUGAAAAAAUUGCUUCUAUGUUACUUUAAAGUAAAAAGCAAUUUUGUGCCCACUCAGAAUUAUAAAGUUUCUAAGAACCACUUUUCUUGUUCUUUGUCCAGUAUCUUCUGUUCACUUUCUGAGUUCAACUUCGGUUUUAUUUUAAUGAAACUUUGUGACUUGCCCCAGGAUGCCCCAGAUCACUGGGCAUUAGUUGUGAAGACCUUGAGGAUUAAUGAUUAAAUUGCACUGGCCUAAUGAGGGGAACUGUCAGGAGUCAACCUCAGCAGCUUCAGCAUUUCACAGGAAGUGUCUGGUGCAAAUUUGAAUGUUUCAGAUUAAAAGCUACUCUUUUUGCAUUUUUUGAGCUGUCUUCUCACGUAUCUAGCUCCAGAGAGAGAUAUAUAAAAUUCAAAAUGGCAGAGCAGCUAGGGUCCACAGUUCUGCUGCAUGAAUCGUGAUGGUCCAGGAAAUUUCAUCCUUACAAGGGACUUUCCCACCCCAUUGAGAUGCCAAGAGGCCGAGUCCAGUCUGUGUUCUGACCUCUGUUCUACUAUGGGUUCACUCUGCUCUUAACUGAGGUUUAUAUGCAAGAUAGAAAAAUAUCUGGCUUACAAAGGUACAGUCUUAACUCUGUUUUAUGUCUUCAAUCUCAUAAUACCUUAUUUCUAUCGGAUUCCUUUUAUUAUUUUAUAAAUCUCUUGAGAAUAUUUUCUAUUUAAAUUUGAAGAUCAGAUCCCCAUAAGAUUGAAUGCUGCCAGCAAAGGCAGACAUACCUUCCAGGGUGACUUUUACCUUGAAGAAAUCACCAGAGUCUCAGCUUCAGCUGUUCGGUUUCAAAUUUUUGUCAACCCUAAGUAGAUCCAUUUCUAGGAGGAACUCACACUGUCCAAGCUCAUCAUAUAUAUAAAGAGAUGUAUAAAUCUAGAAUGGUGAUAUAUAAUGUAUGGGAUCUUAGCAAGUUCCAUUAGAAAAUAAGCUGCAUAAAAGACAGUCUGUUCCCUGCCAUAUCCUCAGUGCUCAGCAAAUAUUUGAAACCUGAUUUAAUCUCUAUCUGUUUUCUCUCUGUAAAUAUAAUACAACCUACCUCAUUGAUUGUUUUAAGAAUUUUGAGAACUAAUGUUUAUAAGCACUUAGCAUGGUAUUUGCCACAAAGUAAGCAGCAUUGAAUAAAUUGCUCAUCAAAGAUUAGAUAUCUAUUCACUUUUUAUUUUAUUUUUUGUUGAAUUUACUUGAAAUGACAAUUGCAGUUGCUACAGAUAUGUGUUUUACCCCUCAUUCAUUUGUGAGUGAACUAGUUUGAAAUACAAAAGUGUAUACUGAAUGCUCGCCAUGUGCAAAGCACUCUGCUAGAUGCUGUGUGGGUUGCCAACACAAUGUUAGUGUCAUGUAGAAACUGAAUCCAUUGAAGGGAAUAGACUUACUAAAUGACUGUAAUACAAGGCCACUUCUAGAGCUAUCAGAAAAAGCACAGCCUAGGCCUGGGGCAUCCUGCUGGCAGGAGGAUGAAAUGCCUGUUUGCUGACAAACAUGCUUAGGAUGACCACAGCAGCAGUAGGAGAUAUAUUCCUGAAUCAUAAAAGAAAUGUUAUGGUUUAAAUUUGGUACAGUUUUUAAAGGUUAUGGUUAAUAUAAAUUUUUUCAAUACUUCAUAUUCUAAUUCUUUGAAAAUUUAUAAUCUAUGUAGUCUUGUAUGGCAAUUUUGUUUAACCAGAAUGCUUAAUCAGUUGGAAUAUUUGUUCUUCAAACUCUUUUAGAUAAACACUUUUAAAAACUGUUCUACCAAGUGACAUCCUUUCAUUGUAUAAAAAUAAAACUAAAAAUUAUUGUGUACGUACUUUUAGAAUGUAUUAUAUAUUUUAAAAUAUUGAAUAUGAAUAGGAAGGUAAGAUACUGACAUGGAGGCUUUUUUCUUUUGUAAGGAAAUAACUUUUCUCUCUUAGUAUAGUCUUUGGUCUGCACUUGUUUAAAAAUGCAAGUGAGAACAGAAAGCACAGCUAAUUCUGUACCAUUUAAAUACCAUAUAUUUGUAUAGGGCACUCCUUAUAUGGUAAUCUUAUUUCCUUCUGCAAAUUCUGCUUUCAUUGUUUUAUCAAUUCGAUCUCUAUGGAGGUGGUUAAACUAUGAUUUAUCCACAUGAUGGAAUAUUAUGCAGCAUUAAAAUGUUUACAGUAAGAAAUGCUUACAAAUGAAAAGAACAAAGUACAGAAAUGUAUAGAAUAAUCCAAUUAAACAUGAGAGAAUAGAGAAUAAUAAAAGCCCAAGGGGAAGUAUGCCAAAUAUGAAAUGUGGUUUUCUUUGGUAUUAGGAUCAUGUGUGAGAUUCUUCUUUCUACUUUCUUAAUCUUUUACAGUGUACAUGUUUUUAUAUAUGUCAUUGAAUAAGAAUAACUUUAUCUGAGACUGGAGAAUAAAGGUGCCUGAAGACUAA